AUGACGGCGGUUGCAAGCCCUCCUAGUUUCGCCAAUAUCAACCGGCCAGCAUGGGGAUUGAAUGGUAGCUCGUCCCUGCACGCGAUGAACUCUGACGAGUCGAGGGGCGUUUUUACGCCUCGAAAAGCCUUGCAACGCACAAACUCGGCAUCUUCGGUUAGCUCCACCGCCUCGACCUCUUCCACCGGUACGGUAAUCAACGGUCACACAAAUGGAGCCCCAUCAGCGGCCGCUGGCGAUGUAAACGGCUGGAAUCGAAAGAGGGUGCAGCCAAAGGGACAGUGGUCACAGCAGCCUCAGCCGGUGAAGCCUGAAGGCGUGGAUUUUUCCCGAAUGCCUGCCAACCGGCCCGCACCAAGCGCCGUCGUCAACGGCAACGUUUCGAUGCAUCAGGCUCCGAUCAUGGGCGGCAUGCAGAGCCAGGUCGGCCAGCAAGGCAUGAUAGGACGACCAGUGGGUGAUCCUAUCGGUGUCAAUCAGCCCGUCCUUUACCUUUUAUCAUUGAACGGCACUUUCGAACGGAAGACGAUAUCGGUGCCAUUUUCCCCCGACACGUUACGCAUCGGCCGACAGACAAAUGCCAGAACCGUCCCUACACCAGUCAACGGAUAUUUUGACAGCAAAGUGCUGUCCAGACAACAUGCCGAGAUUUGGGCUGAGCGUUCGGGCAAGAUUUACAUUCGUGAUAUCAAAUCAUCCAAUGGCACUUUUGUCAACGGCACCCGUUUGUCCCCAGAGAAUCGCGACUCUGAACCUCACGAGCUACAGACCUCGGAUCACCUUGAACUCGGCAUUGAUAUUGUCAACGAGGAUCAGAAAUCUGUGGUACAUCACAAGGUCGCUGCUAAAGUUGAACAUGCUGGGUUUCUGAAUCCCACUCAUGCUUUGAUGGACAUGAGCUUUGGGGAUAUUGACCCUUCCGGUGGACACAUGAUGAUGCAACAAAUGGGCGGCAUGCCCCAAAGAGGCCGAACCGGGAGCCAACCUUCGCUCAACAAUGGGCGUAUGGCACCCAACGCUGUUAUGCCCGGCGCACAACAGAACGGGAUGAUGCAAAGAAAUGGAUACUGGAUGGGGCCCUACCCAAUGGAGACCAUCUGCAAUAGACUGGAUCAAGAAAGACGAUUGGCAAAAUCCCAGUUGAACGAACUACAAAGGACUGCCGACUUUCUCCAAGCUCUCGCAGGCAAAGACGACAUCAAGUCAUUAGAGCAUGCUGACGCUCCAGGUUCAAAGCAAGCUGUUAACAACAGUGCCGUUUUCCGCUCAGAUCCCGGAAAGGCUACGAGAUUCUCAGAGCCUCCCGCUCCCCCUCCACAACAACCUCUUCCCGAGAAGCCAGAUGCAGCGCGCUCCAAUGGAGACCCUCCUUCACUAAAGCGCGGAACGACAGAACGACCAAAACUGCCGCAGACAAGCACAUCGCCAGUCCGGCAAGAAAACUUCAGCCAGAUCAUCCAGUUGACAGAAACGCUCAACACGGCCAAGAAGGAAAUCGAGGGCCAGAGUGCUAGGAUAAGGGAUCUGGAAGAGAUGGUACAGAAGGAACGAGAGCAGCGCCAGAGUGCAGAAGGACUUGUGAAGAAGUUGGAGGAUGCAGCUGUGGAAAUGCAUGCCAAUGGCCCCACAAAAGCCGAUAUCCAGGACACACUCCUUCCAGAAACGUUCGAGCCGCCUGUAGAUAUGGGCAACAAGGCCGACUCUGACUCUCCGACAAAGCCAGAAACAACUGCGAAUCCGGAAGCAAGCGAAACUGCUGCUGCCGCCGCCGAUGCCGCCGCCGCCGCGGAAGCAGCUGCCAAGUUGCAGGAUCGCAUGGAUGAGAUAUUGAAAGAAAUGAUCAACCUUAGAGAGGAACUCGAAUCGCAGAGGGAAAGGGCUGACAAGGCCGAGGCUGAGAGGGAUGGCGACCGCCAAACCCUGGCUGAGAUGAUCAACCAACUGCGGGAAAGAGAUGAACAGAUAGCGAGGCUUGAGGCUGAGAGAAACUCUCGGUCACGAUCGAGCGCCCGUAGCAGAGGGCGUUCUGGCGCACCGAGCUCGAUCAGUGAAGACGACAUCAAGCCCGUCAUAGGAUCAUAUCCCGAGACGCCUACCAGUGCGGUAAUACCGUCUGCCUUGCCAAACAGCGGGCAAUCCACAAAUGCAUCGUCACAAACAGGUGUGAGUGACGACGAAUCGACUGCUGGUAAUGACACAGCAGCAGACAAGCCGACGCUCUCGAGGGCCAGCACGAUAACGCCUCUGUCUAAAUCGUUGGUCCCUGGAUCCUCCUCCGGUCCUAGCGAUCCCGCCAUGGCUCAAGCAGCACCAUAUGCGUCCAUGAUUGGUGUUGUCUUGAUAGGGAUGGGACUGAUGGCUUGGAUAAACGGCUGGCAACCACAGCCCCGCUUGGAUCGGUAG